UCGCUUUGUGGAAUGACGUGUCAACAAAGUGCCGGAAGCUUUCAGCCUGUCCAAAAUGGCUUACCAGACGCUACAGCAAGAGUAUUUACAGAUUCCUGUUGUUACCAGGGCAUAUACAACCGCAUGUGUCCUCACAACUGCUGCAGUGCAGCUAGAGAUCAUCACACCAUUUCAGCUAUACUUCAAUCCAGAUUUGAUUCUCAGGAAUUACCAGAUAUGGCGACUAAUAACCAACUUCCUGUUUUUUGGUCCAGUUGGCUUCAAUUUCCUGUUCAAUAUGAUUUUCCUGUACAGAUACUGUCGUAUGCUAGAGGAGGGCUCUUUCAGGGGACGCACAGCUGACUUUGUCUUCAUGUUCCUGUUUGGUGGGCUUCUGAUGACUAUAUUUGGCACUUUUGUGAGUCUGGUGUUCCUGGGCCAAGCUUUCACUAUCAUGCUGGUAUAUGUGUGGAGUCGACGAAACCCAAACGUUCGCAUGAAUUUCUUUGGCCUGUUGAAUUUCCAGGCACCCUUCCUACCGUGGGUGCUGAUGGGAUUCUCCCUUCUGCUGGGCAACUCCAUCAUUGUGGAUCUCUUAGGUAUCGCUGUUGGUCAUGUGUACUUCUUCCUGGAGGAUGUUUUUCCCAACCAGCCUGGUGGUGGAAGGUGGCUCAAGACCCCAUCUAUCAUAAAGAUGCUGUUUGACACUCCAGAGGAAGAUGCCAACUACAACCCCCUACCUGAGGAGCGCCCAGGAGGGUUUGCCUGGGGAGAGGGACAGCGCCUUGGAGGUUAAAUAUGCCCCCAGAUCAUCACUGAUUGUCAUGUCACUUUCAAGGACAGUCCCUCGGAGAGAUGAAGAGAACAAACAUGGUCUUUGUUUUUAACAUGUUUGUUAAGUUCUGGAUGAAGAAUGCCAAACAAGCGCAACUGGUUUGGAGAUAACCAUUUGUUGUCUUUGUAUAUGGGCUUUAAAUCUUCCUCAGAAACUCUUCUUGAUGCCAGACCGUUGCUCUAAGACUAUUUGAGAGAACACAAGCUUUGGACGGAACUUUGGACAGUGAGCCUUGGGUCUUGGGUGAUGUUUGUCUUCAUCUCAGAAAAAAAGUAUUGAUAUAUACAACAACUGUCAUAUGAAAGAAGAUAAUAUGACAGUAGUAAGAUAUUAUCAAAAUGAAUUUGUUCAGAUGGAAAGUGUUUUUUUUUUUUGUUUUUGUUUUUUUUCUUUUUCAUUUCAUUUCACUUUUUUAAAGAAUAAAUGUG